AUGGAAAACGGUCGAAAAAGAAGAAUUUUGCAAUCGAAAGUGUGGUUUCGAAAACAAAAAAUAAAAUUGGGCGCGCUCUUUGUCUGCAAUGUUCGUCAGGUGUGGUGUUUGCACAGUGAAUGAACUUUGUGGGCAAAUUGCCAAAUUAUUUUAUUUUUCCGAGUUUUCAAGUGUUUUUCAAGAGUUCUCAUCACAAAUUCUAUUACAGGUAAUGAUCGGUCGCUUGGGAUUGAGUAGAGCGGCUGUACGUGGCUUUGCUUCCGCUGAACCUGCGAAAUUCACAGUACAACCAGCGAUUGAAAGAGCACCAACUGAUUUGUUGAAAGCGCUUUCUGAAACAGUUGGAACCGAUCCAACAGCUCCACAUUUUGCUUUCAUCGAUGAUCCGGCAACAAUUCCAUCUACUGCAUCAGCAAAGAGAACAUAUUUCAUGGCAAAGGAAUUGGGAAAACGAGCAGCUCGCGAAUUAGCAGCCGAAUGGCCAACUCUUUUUGCAUUCGAUCGAGAUCAACCAAGACUUCCAGUUUUUCGACCUGAAAAUCUUCCGGAUCCUCUUCAAAUCGAACCAACAGAGAAAAAUUUGCUGAGAAUGAUUGAAAGUCGAGAAGUUGAAGAUUGCUGUUUGCUCUACGAACGAAUGCGAUCAGAAAAUAUCGACGUCAGUCAAAAAACACAAUUAGAAUUGUUCAAAUUAGUUGCAUACUAUAAUUCUUCAAAUAUUCCGUUUGCUGAAUGGGUUGAAUGGGUUGGAAUGAGAAAUUUUGGACAAAAUGAUAAAGCUGAAUGGAAAGCGGUAAGAUCAUUUUUUAAUGUUGAAAAAAAUAUUUGUUUAUAGGCUGGAGUGGCUGAUUUGCUUUUUGAAACUAUUCCAAGAAACGAUGAAACAGUAUCAAUUAUGAUUGCUGCUCUUUCGAAAUUCGGCGAAAAUUCAAAAGCCAAAGCACUUUUCAAAGAACAUACUGAAGCUGGUGGAAAAGUUCAUAUUGAAGCAUAUAAUGGUUUGAUCGCAAAUUCUGAUUUCAAAAGUGCAUUGGAUAUUCUAAAAGAUUUGAAAACAAUUAAACCAAAUGUAUCAACGUUUUCGGCUUUGCUUGAAUCUGCUUCCAGAAUUGGAAAAUUUGAGGAUAGAAUUAAUGCAUUCACAAGAAUUAUUGGCGAAAUGCAAGCCUUGAAAAUUGAACCAACAUUGACAACUUAUUAUUAUAUUCUUAAAAAUAUCAUUGAUUCGAAAACCCAAAAAUUAUUGAAUGAGGCGAAAAAUGAUGAAUCCGAAAAGAAAUAUCAUAAUCAAAUUGUAAGUUUUUUUUAACUGGUGUGAUAUUUGCGUGUUAUAUCAUAAGCAUUGUUUCAGGUUGUCUCGAUUUCAUGGUUAUCUGAAAUUCUCGAUAAAAUCGAAAAUAAACAAUUAGAAGUUUCUUCAAAUAAUUGCAAUGUAUUCUUUGCGGAAGCAAUGGGUGUUGCAUAUCGAGGUGCAAAUUUGGAAAUCAGUCAAAGAUUAUUGAAAAUCUAUGAAAGUUCGAAUAAUAAUGUAAAGAUGCCUGCUUUCACAACAGAAUCAUUGUUCUAUAAUCGAUAUCUUCAACUUUUCAUUGAACAAAGUACAUCAAUUGAACAAAUAUAUCAGAAAUACAAGUAAGAAUCACGCGAUACUUAUAUAUAUAUAUAAUUUUCAAAAUUUCAAAUUUUCAGAGACUUCGUUCCACGUCUUGUUGGAGUUAGUAAUUCAUUGAGUGGUUCAGUGUACAGAAAAUUAUCGAAAGAAGCACAUUGGCCACUUUUACGAAGAGUUAUUCAAGAUGGAAUAUCUGCUGGACAAAUGACAACUGCAAUGGGAGAAGAAAUGAGAAAACAAUUAAUUGAAGUUCAAUAUCAUGUUAGUUCAGAUUUUCUGUUCAAAAAUAUCCCAAUUUCAAUAUUUCAGACACUUUCUGUCAAUGAACGAGAUGAAUUCAAUCAACUUGUCCAAAAAUUAGUUUCAACUUGGAUUGAAUUCAGUAAAUUCACAGAAGAAUAUGCGAAACGAUUGCAAAGAAAGUUAUCACCGAGUCAGAUUUCGGAAUGUGCUUUAUUAUUGACAAGAAUUGGAGAAUAUCAAAAAGCUUUUGAGUUAUUAGAAUUGUUAUUAGAUGAAGAAGCAAGUCAUGGUGAAGAAUCAACUGUUUUGGCACAUGGAUAUGCAAGACCACAUGUUAUGUCUGCAUUGUUUGAGGAUUCGUUGAGACGAAAAGAUUCAUAUGCGUGAGUUUUUUGAAACAUAAAAAAAUUGAGCUCUCGAAAACAGAAUUUACCCAGAAUGUAACUCACGUUUUUUAAAAUUUAUUGAAAUGCCAGUAUGCAAAGUUGAAACUGAAAAAUUCAUAAAGGUCACGCUACAAAAAAAAGUUAAAAAUUCUUGCCUCGUUUCACACAAUUUUAUUCUUCAUAACAUAUUUUGUAAUUUCUUGAAAAAACGUUGGAUGAAAUUUUGAGUUUUCAAUUUAUUUUCAAAUCCUGCUAAACUCCUCAAUUGAGCUUUAGAUGUUCAUUAUUUUCUCAGCCAAUUUGAAAAAAAACUUUAUUCUUGUGUUUUUUCUGAAACAUCACCUCUUCGACCUUCUAGACAAUUUUUUCUUUUAAAAUGUCACGAACGUUUUUGUGAUCUCACAUCAAAAUUAAAAAGUGUAAAAAUGACCCUUUACCAAUACAAAAAAUGUAAAAAAAAAUACAAAAUCGAAUUAAUAUCCGGUCUAUUUGUUUUUUUUUCAGUGCCGCUCUUUGCCUUCAAAUUAUGUCACUUCAUAGUAAUCGAAAUAAAUUGGAACCAUUGGCUAAUCGAAUUUUCGAGAAAUGUUCUUUGACCGAAUCACAACAAAAAAUCAUUCAAAGUUUCAUUCGACUUCGUCCACAAUAA